UGAGUCAGAGAGAGAGAUUUGGAGGAGUUAAAAUCGAAAGAAAAGAGAGGAAAAGAGUAGAGAGAGAGACGAAAAUGUCGCUGGUGUGGUUGGAAGCAGUUCUGCCGCUGGGAAUCAUAGCCGGAAUGCUUUGCGUCAUGGGAAAUGCUCAGUAUUACAUCCACAAAGCCGCCCAUGGCCGUCCGAAGCACAUCGGCAACGACAUGUGGGACGUCGCCAUGGAAAGAAGAGACAAGAAGCUCGUGGAGAAGCUUUCUUCUGCGGACGCUUCUCAAUAAGCGAUCCCCUUUUUUCGGAAUCUUUGCUGAUGGAAUUUUGAAGUAGGAAUAAAGUAUCGCAUCGCAUCCUGAAGAAGCCUCGUGGCAACUCCAAUCUCUCAUUAUUUUCUUUCAUUGUAUGUCAAGUUGCCCAAAGCUUUUUAACUGGCUAGGGAAAAACCAAUUUUUACUAUUGCCCAUCAGACUUGUGUUGGAGCUUUGUUUGCUUUGAAUAUCGUUGUAUCUAUUAUUUGUUUCAAUCGUAUGUUGUUUCUGCUUUAAUUAAAAAA